UUCACUCCCUACAAGUGGGCUUGGACAGAGUGCUGGCAUCUAACCCUGCUCACCCACGCAGCCUGCGCGCCUCUGCGUGAAGACCUUUCCCUGCUCCCGCUCCUUACAAACGGGUUUUCACUCGCCUCCGGCUGCUCCGCUGUGUAAAUACCGCUUCCUCCCAUUCUCGCUCCGCGCCUCUGACCCGCGGCCCCAGCAGCCCCGGGACGGUGGCGUUUCGGUCCCACGCCUCCCUGAACGGGUUGAACGGCGGGGCAGGGGCAGCCGCAGCCGGGGGGCCCCUGCAGCUCGCCCCCCACCCCAGGGCUGCCCGCCCGCUUGCUGCUCCUGCACGACCAGGGCUGGAGCUCGCGCUUGUGAAUAAAUCCCCCCCCCCCCCCCCGCCCGCCUUUCCCUGCCGUGUGCGCGUCCUCCAGCGCCUCUGUCUCCGUGAGCUCGUCCUCCGCGGCAGCCAGUGGGAUCGCCCCGGCUCCUCCCCAGCUGGGCAGCCAGGCGGGCGCUCGUGGGCCAGGCUCAGCCAGGCGUGGGGCUGCGGGGGGGGCGGAUGCAGCUUCGCGUCCAGCCGCCGGGGACCCCGCAGGGCUGGGAGCGAGCACCCCGGUGGCGUCCAUGUCAGGGGAGGGGACCAUACGGCUGGGGAGACGCGCCGUGAUGUACACGGCGGAGACGAUCCCCAAGGGGAAGAACCGAGUGAUGGGGACCAUCCAGAUCAUGAUGGGCUUCAUGCAUAUCGGCUUUGGGAUUGUCCUGACGACCAUCACCAAUGUUUACACCUCUGUCUUUGUGAUUGGAGAGAUCCCGUUCCUGGGAGGAGUGUCUUUCAUCAUUUCUGGCUGCCUCUCUAUCGGAGCCGAGAAGAGCCCGACCGAAUGCGCGGUGAAAGGAAGCCAGACCAUGAAUGUCAUCAGUGCCAUCUUUGCAUUACUUGGGAUAGUGGCUUUUAUAAUAGACCUGAAUAUAAAUGGACUGUACCACUCCAACUAUGACUACUACAAUUAUCUAGUGAUGGUAAGCGACUGUUCAGAUCCUGCUGGCAGCUUUCUAUUCACAGAUCAUUGGUUUGGAAUGAACAUCUUGGGGAGAUCUGUUGUUGCUCUAAGAGAGAUGGAGAGAGAGGAGGAUCCAGCCUUCUGUGUAGGAAUGGGAACAGUGACGAGGGGCUCAGAUGCCAAGGCCGGGAACGGGAUCUCCAUCGUGCUGCUGAUCUUCACCAUCCUGGAGUUCUGCAUUGCCGUCGCCACCGCACUCUUUUGGUGCCGGGCAACCCGCCUCAACUCCCAUGAGUCCAUGCUGAUUGUGCCCAAUACCAUCAGGGCAGACCUCAUAGUGCCCACUGCAGAACUGCCUCAUCCACCAACUUACAAUGAUGCGGCCUAUGAUCCGAAGAACCAGUCUGAGUGGGAGGCCCAAGAAAGAACCUGAGGAGAAGUCGGGCCAAGAGCAGAAGCAGCAGCUCCUCCUUCUCUGAGGAGCAAAUUCUGGCCCCCUGCCUGCAUGACAGAUUUCCUUCAGUUACUGCCAAUGUUCUACCCACUCCUGGUCUCUGUCUUGAGUUCCAAGGGACCUUCUCUCCCCUUCUUCCGGGACGGGCUCACGACUGUGUGUUGCCCACAAAUGAGACUUUAAAGCAUGUUCCCCAGCCUGGUCUACCUUGAACCAAGAGGUAACAUCUAGCCCGCACUCCCUGUAGGCUGCAUGGGGAAUUGGUCAAUGAAUCUGUCAAGGGGGCAGCACAUCCCCUGUGCAUGAGUGCCCCCUGGGCAGAGAGAUCUGAGAGCAGGCAGGGGGCCAGAGUGAAACUUGGGGCAGGAGUACCUCCAAACAAACAUGUGACAAUCACCAAUGUAUCUAGCUGCGCUCUCCCAGGCCCCCUUUCAACCCUCUGUCAGCACAGAACCCAGCACAGGAACAGGGAGUGGCAGCUUGGAAUCCUGACCCUGAGCUAGUUAAAACAGCCUUGAGGGAUGCUCUAAUUCCACCUGUCUUCCCCUGGUCCCCGUGGCAGCUGGAGAAUAGCCAGUGCACAGGGCUGCCCUGGCCGCACACCCUGGAAACUCCUGAUCCAGGGGUUUUCUGCACUGGGGGAACAGCCGGGGUGUUGUUACUUUGCACGGCUUUGGAACAGUGUAACCAGUGUCCAGUGGCCGCUCUCUCUCCAUCACUGGAUUUUGCCCCAGGCUGCGACUCAGACAGGCCUUCACUGUGGGUGGAUGAAGGGCACAGACUUUGGAGCCUCCAGACAUUGAUGCUAAUGUAGCCGCAGGUCAGCAGUGGCUGGAAAGCAUUAUCAUCUGACAACCCGGUGUCCCGUGCAAAAUGGUGCCUCAUUCUUAGUAGGUAAGGCCGCCAGGUAACAAAAACCCCACUAUGAUGGGCCUCAACUCCUAUGACACAGCACCCUGAGGGGUUGGCAACUGCUCUGCAGAGCAGGGCAGGGGGUAAAAGGUUCAGGUCGUAAUGAGAGAUUCCCCAUCUCCUGGUUCCUCCACAGCUAAAAGGCUGGAGAGCCCUAUCUAGACAAAGGGGUCAUGGCCUCCCAGGCAAAUAUGGGUGCCGCAAGAAGGAAGCCAUUGGUUUAUAGCCAGUCUCUCUAGCCUCAUGGUGUAGCCAGUCCCCAAACAGAUGGGCAUGGCUUUUUUCUCCCCUGUAGUGUGACUGAGUGAUUUUUUCUCUAAUUGCUUAUUGGCUUCUUUUGAGAAGAGCCUUAUGGGGAAAGGUGGGUGGGUGGGGUGGGGGAGUCUCCCACUGGCUUCUAUAGACCUUGCAUCAGGUCCUUUAAAAGCAACCAUGGGAAAUUUCUUCCAGCUAUAAAAAGCCUAUCUGGAAAUCAGGGAUCCUUAGCGUGAGGUGACCUUUAUAACAGUCAUCCUUUGGAUACGUCUACCCUGCAAUAAAAGACCCGCUGCAUUGCCACGGCUGGCCUGGCUCAGCUGACUAGGCGUUGUGCAGGGCUAUAAAAUUGCAGUGUGGAUGUUCGUGCUGGAGCCUGGGCUUUGAGACCUCAUAAAGGGGGAAGAUCUCAGAGCCUGGUCUCCAUCCCAAGCCUGAACAUCUACACUGCAAUUUCAUAGCCCUGAGAGCCCAAGUCAGCUGACCCAGGCUCUGAACCUCAGUGCCAUGGGUUUUUUACGCAGUGUAGACAUACCCUUGUAGUUGUAAGUUUGGUAACUUAUAGGAACAUUUAAGAUAUAUUGAAAUUUGCCUAAAAGUCCUGCAUCUGGUUCAAUCUUUUUUAUGUUUGGUUGUAUUUCUGGUUGUUUUUAUUUUACUUUUUAAAUAAACCACCUGUUUAAAAC